UGGCAUUGAUCGAUACAUUAUCGUUGAUUUAUCCCUGUCAGCAAAUGAUCAAAGCGAAACUCCAAAAACAAAAACCGAUAUCGACCUUUAAAUAUAUCCAAACGGAACAUUCUAUCCGAUCGAUCUCCACCUCAAAUCUCAUAUCUUCUCCUCCUUCGUCUCUUGGCUUCUACCCCAAGCUCCAAAACCCUACCUCAAAACCCCUAUAUAAACCUCUUCCACUUACUCUAUCCAUCACACCCAAAACCCUAACAAGAAGCUAAUAUAUAAAUCCACUCUCGUUGGUUACUUCGCUGGCUUUGAUUUUGAUUUUGAUUCUGAUUCAAACUCGAUUGGAUUCAUCAGCUUGAUCUCUGAAGGCACCUUCCUGAUCAAUCUGUAUUGAACCCAAUAGGCAUUGUUCCAUCCUCAACCUAGCCAUCAGACUAUAUAUAUAGAUAUAUAUAAGACAGAGAUGGAGAGGGUGAAUAACAUGGCAUCAGAGAGACCGGUGGUGAUCUUCAGCAAGAGCUCUUGCUGCAUGUGUCACACAAUCAGGACCCUCUUUGCAGAGUUCGGUGUGAACCCUGCGGUUCAUGAACUGGACCAGAUUCCAAGAGGGAGGGAGGUUGAGCAAGCCCUUUCAAGGCUAGGGUGCAGCCCCGCCGUGCCGGCUGUGUUCAUCGGCGGCGAGCUUGUGGGCGGAACCAAUGAAGUCAUGAGCCUCCACCUUAACCGAUCCUUGAUCCCAAUGCUCAAGCGAGCAGGUGCUAUGUGGGUUUGAUCUCAUACAAAAAACAAUAUAUGCAAUAUGCAACUACUAUAUACAUUAUAUAUAGAGAUCUUGUCUUAUAAUAUAAUGUAAUAAUACUAAUAGUAAUAAUUAAGGCUAACUUCACUGCGA